GGUCCGGGUUAGGCCACGCCCCCUGGUUGCUACCUGUAAAGAAAUGUAACAGGUGAACUCCCAGCUCCCACCUGGACCACCGCUGAAGACAAGAUGAGUCUGCCGGACCACAAAUCAACAGAAAAACAGCCUUCGUACGCGGCUCCGAACUUUCAUGUUGUGCAGUUAAAUGUCGGGGGUCACCUGUACACCACCACUCUGAGCACGCUCAGGAAGCACUCCGACUCCAAGCUGGCGGAGCUCUUCAGCGGACCGCCCAAACUACGCGCUGACACACAGGGACGCUACUUCAUCGACCGCGAUGGGUCACACUUUGGAGCCAUCCUGGAGUUCCUGAGAUCAGAACAGCUGCCCAAGGAGAACAUCCCAGAGGUUCAUAAGGAGGCGGUCCACUACAACAUCAAACCGCUGAUCAAACGCUUGGAGGAGACUCCUCGGCUGUUUGGAGAGCUGGUGGGAAGGCAGCAGUUCCUCUCCAGAGUCCCACACUACAAGGAAAACAUCGAGGUUCUGAUUCGUAUCGCCAGGGCCGAGGCCAUCGCCGCACGCCACUCCACCAUCAUCAUCUGCGUGCUGAGGACAGAGGAGGAUUUGGGCUUCUAUGAUAAUGCCAUUAACAGCCUGGAGGCGGAUAAGGAGUCGGUGGUGACGUUCGGGCCGUGGAAGGCCGCCCCGUUGGUCAAAGAUCUGCUGGACUGUGUAAAGAUGGACAUCGAGAGCCAGGGCUACACUGUGAGCAUCCAGCCUCACGCCGUGGAGAAGAGCUUCCUGUCCAGGAGUUACGACUACUUUUAUGAACUCACGUUUACCUGGUGGUGAUGAGACGGCUGAACAAAACUCGAAGCCGUACAUACUCUUUCUUUAAAAAAAAAUUACAGACGGCACUUUUUUUCAAAAAUGUUUUAAGAUGUUUCUGUUAUAGAGCCACACUAAAACAAAGGCUCAGUAAAGCAUCUGUAUAUCAUUAAUUUCAAAGGUACUGACUUCCUGAAAGAUGGAAAAAAAAGAGGGCUUGUAGCUUCUGCUUGUGUUAAGUGAAGUGCAUUUUUCCUAGUAGCCAGCAGGGGGCGACUUCUCAGGUUUCAGAGGUCCAGCUGACCUCAGGGGACACUUUAAUGAUGAGUUUGGGGUCUUACUCUCUAACUUCAAGUCUUGUUUACUAGAACAUGAUGAUAUGUUUUAAUCAUUGUCUCCGUUAGUGACCAGAAGGACUUCAGGCCGGGCCAGCCUUGUGAUUUUCAUCUGCCGACCUGUGUUUCUCAGUCAGAGCCACGCCUCACCGUUUUUUCCUUUUCAAACUUGAUAUAUUUUUUUUAAACACUAAACUGUUCAGCUCAAAGCUUCACAGCAGGACCUGAAUAAUCAGUGGGUGAUAUUGCAUUAUGGCUAUGUCAAUGUUUUAUGUACAGUCUGUGGGUUUAAGCUAAAGUGACUGCUGCCAAGCAAAGAUUUCUAUCUUUUAAUUCAUUUCAGCUGCUACUAAAUAUAAAUGUUGUUUCAUGUUGAGUGCUGUGUUGAACAAACACUAACUACUCCAUUAUUAAAUCUUCUUGUCCACCCACAGGUCUCAGUAGUAACUCGUUUAAUUAGAUGGCAUCGUCCACACAUAUGAAACUGAUCCCACUGUCGUUACUGUAGCAUGUGCCAUACAGCUUCUUGCAUACGAUUUGAUGCAAAUAAUAAAAAGCAAUUACAACAUUUAGUCAAACAUAAUGCCUGAAUUUAGUUUUUCACAUAUUUCCUAAAUAUUUGGAAAUAUGUGAAAACGAUAACUCAAUGGUUGUGUGAAAUUUGAAUUUAAAGAAAUGUAAAUGUAGCUUUAAUGUAUCUAAAAAUUAUACCUUUUGUCUUCUAGUGUCAACAUAGAUGCACACAAAAAUAA